UUGUAGCCAGUAUGUUGUCUGUUGUUGUGUCAUGUGUGGUACUCAGUCUGCUGGGCUUGGGAGAUGCUCAGAUUGCCACACAAACUCAGGGGAACAGCCAGAAUCCAGGUCAGGAGCAAGACAGUGCUGCUGCCCCUUGGAGACAGGUGAUACAGUGGGAAAACAAUGGCCAAGUGUUUAGCCUGCUGAACAGUGGAGCUGAAUUUGUUCCUGCCGGAGCUGGAGAUCAAGACAGAGGUCCUAGGGUGGUUUUGGCAGAUGCUCAUCCAAGAUCUUCACACAGACGAAACGGAGGCAAUGUACGCAGACAGGCUCCAUCAAGGGCAUCAUCAGAAACUGUUCGUGGGCAGACAAGACAUCCUUUUGGCUUUGGACAAGUGCCUGAUAACUGGAGACAAACUACAGGCAGCACAGGAAGUAACCCAUUCCAGGGUUCUUCAACCAGUCACCUUCGUCCACCAUCUUCUUCAUCUUUUUCCUCAUCUUCAUAUAAUGUACCAGUUUACCCACAGUAUCCAUUUCCCCAACAGCCUCCGUUCCAGUCUUUUGACCCUAGUUUUCCAGAUGGACCAGUCAGAAGCUACGAGCCACCCUUUCAGCCUGUUGCAGGUGCAGGAUACGGUGGUGGAGGAUAUGGGACUGGACAGGGGAAUCCUGCAGGUGGAUAUACUGGAGGUUUGGGUCCCGUGCUCCCAGGUUCUCCAUCUGACUUCAAUGAAAAUGGCUACUAUUACUAUCAGUCCUAUAGCUUUGGGCCUAAUCCUGUGGUUCCGCAACAAGCUGCCCAACCACCUUUUACAGAUGGUCUAGACCACCGAUACAGCCACAGUCUCUACAAUGAAGAAUCUUCUCCUGCCAAUCCUGUCCCUGAUGCCAACCAGGCCCUUCCUGUUGCAGUGGACAGAACAGGACCUGCUGGUUUACCACAAGUCAGAAGUCCACAGUAUGAGCAGUUUCCUCCAUUUGGAAGAAUCCAACCUUCUAUUCUGCAACCUAUUCCUCGUAGAAGAAAUUCCCAAAAUUCUGCACCUGAGAACCCCAGCACUAAUGUUGGCAAUGUGUACCGACAACAACAAAGAGGUUUGCCUGAUCUGGUUCCUGAUCCUAACUAUGUCCAGGCUUCCACGUAUAUCCAGAGAGCUCACAUGUACUCUCUUCGCUGUGCUGCAGAGGAAAAAUGUCUGUCAAGCUCUGCCUACAACCCUGAGACCACUGACUAUGAUGUAAGGGUCCUGCUGCGAUUUCCACAAAGGGUGAAGAAUAAGGGCACAGCCGACUUCAUGCCUAACAGGCCACGUCAUACCUGGGAAUGGCACAGCUGUCAUCAGCAUUAUCACAGUAUGGAUGAGUUCAGCCAUUACGAUCUGCUGGAGGUCAGUACUGGUCGUAAAGUGGCAGAGGGACACAAGGCCAGCUUCUGUCUGGAGGACACCACCUGUGAUUUUGGACACCUGAAGCGUUACGCCUGCACUGCUCACACUCAGGGUCUGAGUCCAGGCUGCUACGAUACAUACAAUGCUGAUAUUGACUGCCAGUGGAUCGAUAUCACGGAUGUGAAACCUGGAAACUACAUACUAAAGCUUCAGGUUAAUCCCAAAUUUUUGGUGCUCGAGUCUGACUACACCAACAACGUGGUUCGGUGUAACAUUCAUUACACAGGACGAGUUGUUACGACAAACAACUGCAAGCUGGCUCAGUAA